UAUAAUCUCACUCCCCUUGUGCUUCCUUGCCCCUUCAAUUUUCUCUGCUCUCGAUUGUCUCUCAGUUUGAUGUUCCUGUGAGCCUGCAUAAGAGUAAGAAGAAGAAGAAGAAGUAGAUGAUGAUGAUGGGGUGGUGGUGGUGGCAGUGGAGCUUGUUCCUGUGCGCGAUAGGGCCGUGUAUGGUGAUGGCAUUCAGGGUGCUGGACUACCUGUGGUGGAGGCCCAAGAGGGUGGAGCGCUACUUUGCGAAGCAGGGAAUAAGAGGUCCCCCUUACCGUUUCUUCUUUGGCUGCGUCAAGGAGAUGGUAGGCCUCAUGCUGGAGGCCGCCUCCAAGCCGAUGGUGAUGCCUCAGAACCAGCACAAUGUCCUCCCCAGAGUCCUCGCCUUCUACAGCCACUGGAAGAAGAGAUACGGCUCCCCUUUCUUGCUAUGGUUCGGGCCGACGCCGCGGCUCGCCAUCGCCGACCCCGACCUCAUCCGGGAGAUCCUCUUGUCGCGGUCUGACGUCUUCGAGCGCUACGAGUCGCACUCGGAGGUCCGGAGGCUGGAGGGCGAGGGGCUGGUGAGCCUCCGGGGAGAGAAGUGGGCUCACCACCGCAAGGUCCUCACCCCUUCUUUCCACAUAGAGAACCUCAAACUACUGAUUCCCUUCAUCGGCAAGACGGCGCUCAGCAUGGUGGAGAAGCUGCCGACCUCCAGCGAGGAGGUGGAGAUCGACGUGUCGGAGUGGUUCCAGACGGUGACAGAGGACGCCAUCACUCGGGCCGCCUUCGGGAGAAGCUUCGACGACGGCAAGGCCGUGUUCAAGCUACAGACGCAACAGAUGGCCUUCGCGGCAGAGGCUUUCCGCAACGUAUUCAUCCCUGGCUACAGAUUUUUACCGACGAAAAAGAAUACCAACUCGUGGAAAUUGGAGAAGGAAAUGAAGAGAAGCCUGGCCGAGUUGAUCGUCCAGCGAAGGAAACGCAAGGAGGAGGAUUGGGAGCAGCCACAGGGCAAUGUCAAGGAUCUGCUCGGUCUAAUGAUCGACGCGAGCGAGACGAAACAGAGUACCGCGGCGGGUUGCCCGCCGCCAACAGGGUCACCGUCGGCAGCAUCGUGGAUGACCGUCCGUGACAUUGUGGAGGAGUGCAAGACGUUCUUCUUCGCCGGGAAGCAGACCACCUCCAACCUCCUGACGUGGACCACCGUGCUGCUGGCGAUGCAUCCAGAGUGGCAGGAGCGCGCGCGGGCGGAGGUCCUCCGCGUGUGCGGCCCUCGCGACGUCCCCUCCCGCGAACACCUCCCCAAGCUCAAGACGCUUUUGAUGAUAAUCUACGAGACGCUGAGGCUGUACCCGCCGGCGGUGGCGACGAUCAGGCAGGCGAAGGCGGACGUGGAGCUGGGAGGAUACCGUAUCCCUCAGGGCACGGAGCUGCUGAUCCCCAUCAUGGGCCUGCACCACGACGCCGAGCUGUGGGGACCGGACGUGGCACAGUUCAACCCGGAGCGAUUUGCCAACGGCGCCGCGCGCGCCGCCCGGCACCCGACGGCCUUCAUCCCCUUCGGCCUGGGCCCCCGCAUGUGCAUCGGCCAGAACCUAGCGCUCCUCGAGGCCAAGAUCACCGUCGCUGUCCUCCUGCAACGCUUCUCCAUCCGCCUCGCGCCCUCCUACGUCCACGCCCCAACCGUCCUCUUGCUCCUCUACCCACAAUUCGGCGCCCCCGUCCUCUUCCGCCCCCUAACUUCAUAAUAACACAGAAAACCACAAAGUAUUUAUUCUUUUGGAAUGAUACACCGCUAACCAAGUGCCCGCCGCCGCCAUGGCCACCUUCUUGCACCUGCAAAUACCGCUGCACACUUUCAAGUUCCGUCCUUUAUUAGUGUUCUCUUCUUCGUCUAGCCGCAGCUCCCAUGUGGCUUUUUCUGUACGUAUUUACCUUGUAGUAUACCACUCAUCCAACUGUUUCAAAUCAAAAUACACAAUUUGUUUUGUUCAUAUCUGAAAUAGGCAGAGCUAGAGACGACUCCCCGACAUCGUUCCAUCUCAUCAUCAACAACAACAACAACAAAUUAGGAUUCUGGGUUUUGCUUCCUUCAGCAGAUCGACGCAGUGCAUGCGUUGUUUUUGCACAUUCGAUCCUCCAUGAGGAGCGAGAACAGAAACAUGUGAGAGUAAGUGGACCAUUGUGGAGUUCUCAGUAAUCUCUGCUCCCUAUGAAAGCAUGUGUGGAAAGAGAGUUCAACGGCAUUUCUUCUCUAUUUCGUUCCUUCCCUUUCAAUAAAGACAAGGGAAGCCAUGUGAUUAUCUACAUGCUACUCUCCGC